CUCCAUCGGUGGGGAGAACAUAGCUAUCGGAUGAGAUUUGUUUCCAAACGCGCACCGAUGGCGGUGUGAGGCGUUUGGUUUGAGAAGUACGAGCGGCGCUUUGGAUUUGUGGGCAAUUCUUCUUCUUUUUUUCUCCAUUUUUUUGUUCAUCUGCUGAAUCCUGCUUUAGGGAAAUUAACAAAGAUAUGGAUUACUCACUUUGUCUAUUCCUACUCUUGGCGACCGUUUCGUCUGAGUCGAGCGGGCAAUUCCCAACAUCGCAGAUGAUAAAGGAAUGGGUGGACCAAAUGCAAAAAGAUUUGAUCGCUUUAACAGACACAGCCACUGGCAUGCAGGACCUAAUAGAGAUAUAUCAUAAACACAGAAAGCACUUCAGAGUGGAGUCCAAUAAUGCGCAGGAGCUGGUGGCAACGGCUGCUGGGAACAUAGAGAGACUGCUGGCUAACCGCUCCGAAGCCCUAAAGAGGCUGGCAACAGAAGCAGAAACGCGUCAGAUGGAACACGUGUGGCAGGACGAGAGCGACGUCGAGAAAAUCAAUUACUACAAUUCCAAAGACGGCCUCAGUGGGAUAGAAAGUGAGUCAGAUACAGAAGGGAAGAAAGAAGGAAAUGAGAAGAAGAGGAUCCCAUACAUUCCCGGGGAUUUCAGUUUUGACCCGGACUUCAAACGAGACGUCUCCUACAACACAACUGCCGUCCACAUCCCAACGGACAUAUAUGAAGGGUCUACCAUCAUUCUAAAUGAGUUAAACUGGACAGAAGCCUUGGAGGAUGUUUUCCGGAAGAACAAAGAGGAAGAUCCCUCUCUCCUCUGGCAAGUAUUUGGCUCUGCCACAGGACUGGCUCGUUACUUCCCAGCAUCCCCAUGGAUGGACCUAAGCAAAUCACAGAAUAAGAUUGACCUCUACGAUGUGCGCAGACGACCAUGGUACAUCCAGGGGGCGGCCUCACCCAAGGACAUGCUGAUCCUGGUGGAUGCGAGCGGCAGCGUGUCGGGGCUCACGCUCAAACUCAUCAAAAUAUCCGUCAGCAAGAUGCUGGAGACCCUCUCGGAUGAUGACUUUGUGAACGUGGUUUCUUUCCAAAAUGUCGCCAAGAAUGUGUCGUGCUUUGGGAACCUUGUGCAGGCUAAUGUAAGGAACAAGAAGAUACUGAAAAACGCUGUGGAGAACAUCACUGCGAAUCUCAGCACCAAUUACACAGCUGGCUUUGAGACGGCCUUUGAACAGCUUAAACAGAUGAAUUACUCAAGGGCCAACUGUAACAAGAUUAUUAUGCUUUUCACUGAUGGCGGAGAGGAUAGAGCAGAGAAGAUCUUUCAACUUGAAAACCCACAAAAAAAUGUGCGUGUCUUUACAUUUUCAGUAGGUAAACACAACUACGACAAGGCGCCGAUACAGUCGAUGGCCUGCAACAAUAAAGGUUAUUACUAUGAGAUCCCAUCUAUAGGUGCCAUUCGGCUAAAUACUCAGGAGUACCUGGAUGUUCUGGGCAGGCCUAUGGUUAAAGCUAAACAAAAGGCCAAGCAGGUUCAGUGGACUAACGUCUACCUGGAUGCUUUGGAGCUUGGCCUGGUGAUCACUGGAACGCUGCCUGUCUUCAACAAAACCGGCACAGGCUCAAAGAAACCUCAAAAUCAGCUUAUCUUGGGGGUUAUGGCAAUAGAUGUGUCCCUGGAUGAUAUCAGGAGACUGACGCCUCAGUACACUUUUGGUCCUAAUGGCUACUACUUUGCCAUCGAUCCAAAUGGAUACGUGUUGCUUCAUCCUAAUCUGAACCCACAGACCGCCAAGUUUCAUGAACCUGUAACACUGGAUUUCCUAGAUGCAGAGAUCGAGGAUGACAUCAAAGUGCAGAUAAGAAAACAAAUGAUUGAAGGUGAAACAGGAAGUACGACUAUAUCUACACUGCUGAAAUCAACAGAUAAGCGUUACAUCGAUCGAGGUCAGAGGAUGUACUCCUUUGCGCCGGUGAAGGGGACUGACUACAGCCUGGCCCUAGUCCUGCCCGAGUACAGCAUGCAUUACAUCCGUGCAACAAUUGGUGACACAAUCACCCAGGCAAAAUUUUCUGAAAGCCUCAUGGCUGACAAGUUUGAUGAAUAUGGCUACACACUGAUUGCACCAAGAGAUUACUGCAAGGACUUGAAGCCUGACGCCAACAACACCGAUUUCCUCAAGAGGUUUAACGAUUACAUUGACAGGAAGACUCCAAACAACCCCAUGUGCAAUGUGGAUUUGGUGAACCGAUUGCUCCUCGAUGCUGGCAUUACCUCCGAUCUAAUCAAGAUAUGGAAAGAAAACGAUCCGAUAAACGGUGUCAUGUCCAGAUAUGUUGCGACUGAAGGAGGGAUCACACGAGUCUACCCCACAAGUAAUGGCCUGGACUGGACUGGACAAGCGGAGACGUAUGAUUUAAGCUUCUACAAGCGAAGUUUGGACAACGAUCUGUACAUCUUCACUCCAACUGUAUUCCAAAAUAUUUCUCAAUAUGAGGGUUCAGUCCUAGUGAGUAAAGCAGUAAACCUCAAGAUUGACGAUAUCACACUCAAACCAGCUGUGGUCGGUGUACAUUUGGACAUAGAUAUGUGGAGAGAGAUCUUCUCCAACACCUCACAGAGAAAAAGUUGCAAGGAUGAGCUGUGUGGCUGUACGAUAGGCGAUAAGAAUUUAAACUGUUAUAUUCUGGAUGAUGGAGGCUUCUUGGUGAUGACCAAUCAGAUUGACCAUUUUAAUGAGAUUGGGAAAUUCUUCGGUGAGAUCGACCCUUGUAUUAUGAGAAGCUUGAUCAACUCGUCUCUGUACACCAAUAAGAGUACGUAUAACUACCAGUCGCUCUGUGAUCCCAAGAAAGAGGACAAAACAUCUGCCGGGAUGCGAUCCGUCUACGUGCCCACAAUAGCAGAUAUGUUAAAUUUGGGAUGGUGGGCAUCUGCUGCUGCCUGGUCAAUAAUGCAACAGCUAGUGAUCAGCAUCACAUUACCUGAUUUCGGGGAAGCAGCUACCGAUGAUGCACCGGAUGUGGAGAAGGAGGUCUGCAUCAAGGAGGAAUAUCAAUACUACUUUGAGAAUGACAGCCUGUCUUUUAGAGGCGCAAUCGACACAGAGAAGUGCUCAAGGCUCUAUCACGCCGAAAGGCUGCCCAAGACGAACCUCGUCUUCAUCGUUGCAGAAACAGAGCAUGGAUGUGAAUGUCAGGAAAAGAUAUUAAAGCAGGAAGAACAGGAGUCACAAGGGCCUGAUCCUUGUCAAUUGGCUUCUGAGCCGCGGUACAGGAAGGGGCCUGCAGCUUGUUUUGAUAACAAUAGUCAUGAUGAGGUCAUGUGCCGAAGGAGCGCAGGCUCCCCAUUGGCUUCCUCUCUGCUCAUGUUACUGCUGCCACUGUUCAUGUGCUGUCUCGGGAAGAUAACGCUGACUGUGGCGGAGUGUCCGGCCUGACUCCGUCGCUGUGGCUAGUGCUGUCCCUUCAACUGCUACUGGUCUGGGUUGUGACUGACACCAGACACCAUGCCAUCCCAUCAUGACCUCCGAAUAACAUAAUCCAACCCUGUAUCUCCACCCCUUCGUAUCUCCAACAUGGCAACCAGCAUGCAGCGCUGCCACCAAAAUGAUGAGCGCCCGAUGAAAAGCGCUUUAAACAGACAAAAAAAAUGUGAGCCCCGCGUUCUGCCAGUUUCUUUUGUAUUAUCAGCGGUUUCUCUUAAGGAUUUCACCAGGGCGCAAGUGACGAAAGAAAUGCAUAUCAGAAUAUAAUGAUAUGAAAGCUAGGAAAGACCUCAACUUAUCUGUCCGUCAUCCUUAAGUGGUACCCGCCAGCUGAGAUUAGAGGAAUCCAAAGAUUCGUUUUGAUUGGCGAGUUUUUGUCUGACUUGGUUUCUUACAAAGAGACUCAACUGCCUUACAGUAUCAGAGGGAUUUGAAUCACAAUGGGUGGACUUUCUGUUUAUUGAAUAUGUUGGGCAGUUAUAUUCACCACUGCCAGAAACAGCGCUGCCCUUUGCAAGAGUAUAUUUUGAAUCGAUUUGCAGUGGUUAGUUAAUAGGUAUUUAUUGUUUUUUUUGGUUAAGGAAUUGGCCAAGAUCGGAGCAAGAGAUGCCAAAUCAUCACAUCAUCAUGAGCUCUUGCCCUUCGUUUGCCUCAUCUGGGUUGCUCGUAAUAAUAUUGUCUCAGUCUGAUUUUUAGAUAACAUUACCCAGAGCAUUUACACAGUGUCUCUGAGGACAUUGUCUUCACUUCACUAUGCUGUUCUUUAAUGUAGAUGCUGUUUUUUGCAGUGUGAAAGUCAUGUUCAUUGUUAUGUUUUUGCACAAAAGCUGAACCUCCUACUGCCACAGAGUGCUUGUUUUUGAGUGUACAGAUUUUGACAUUGUAGCUGAUCAUAUGGAUUUUCUGCCUCGGUUUUGGAUUGCCCCGGUAAAAACUUUGCUGCCAUAGCACGCAUAAACCAGUCAGGACAAGCUUGGCUGGUGUCCUGUACCUACUCAGUGGACAAAAUCUCUAGUGCCAUGUGGACUCUGUGACUCAUACAAACCCCUUUUUAGACUGUGGCUGCUGAAUGGGAAAUGGUAAUAAUAGUAUUUAAUUAUUUAAAGGUUAUUUGACCGAAGAGUCAGGAUAUCAUUCUGCUUUUUUUUUAUUAUAGCCACAAUUUUAAAAAAAAAUGAGUUACAGAAAAUUUGUAUUCAACAUUUAUGUCAAAAUUUGGUCAAAAUGAAGGGAAAAGGGGUAUAUUUGUAUUCACUGCUGUCACUUUUUAAAUUAAAUGACUACUGUCGGCACUGCAAUUCAGAGUGCAGCUGCUGUUUCUCUUCACGGUUUGAUCUCCUUGCUGAAGAACAGCCUUUAUAUCUGUGUAGUGGUGAAGUUGCCUCUGUCAUAUUUAUUAUACUAUGAUAUCAACUACUAUACAAAAACUUCAUACUAUCACUCUGGCUGAUAUAUCAGUUUCUCAACAAAAAAAGUUCAUCCUUUUUCAUUUUGUGUGCCUUCUUCUCAUAUUUAUUACAUAUAUUAAAAAUACCUACAUAAUCCAUGUGAUGUGCUGAUACUACUGUACAUGGUUUUAUUAAAUUUUUGUGAUUGUAAUUGCCAAAGAGAGAACAGUAAAGUACAUUUCUUUAUGAAGGAAAAAAAGCGCUAAUCAGUCGAACCACUGCUUUAAAGCAAAUAUAUCUGCUGUAAAAACAAUAACAAAUUUCACAGGGCCAAACUGGAUUCCUAUCAAAGCCAAAUAUCAAUGUCAACGAAUGAAAAACACUUCAUGAAUUUUGGGAGGAAAAUAUGCAGUAUGUGGAAAACCACUUGCUGCAAUUUUACAGCUCAUUUGCAUACUUAUGCAGUCUUUAUUGGCAGGAAAUAAUAGCCAGACUUCAAACUUGGAUGUGAUUGUUUGAAACAAGUUUUAAAUCUUUAAGAUAAAACUGCCAUUUUUACAUAAACCAGCUGACUUGACCGUUUGUUUUGUCGAUGAUUAAUAUUUAGGACUUUAACAGGAACCACUCACAUCAUUUUAAAUAAAAUAGGACGUGUGUGACGCCUUUCAUUUAGAAGUUGGUCAUAUCCCAGGGUUGAGACAAUUUUUUUUUUUGUUCCUUGUUUAGUAACAUGAGAUAGUUCGGGAUGUGUACUCUGUGGUUAAAUGUGAAAAAUGCUUUCAUGCUGAGCAUUCACACCAAAUGUUAGAUUUGAACAUUAAAACAAAAUCAACAAUUAUUUGUUUAUGGCACUCGAAAUGUCAACAGUGUAGGAAAUUGUGGACGCUAGGAAGCGAGACCGAGGAGUGCGUCUUUUUGUGUAUACUCCAUAAACACUGGCGGAUGUUUCCAGAGAACUACUUAAUUCUGUGGGGAAGUUGAAAACCACACAAUUUAAUCUACACGUAUCACAUUACCACUAACACUCACCCUCUUCAGAAUCCUUUUGUUGGCUAAACAAUUACAUCACAAUGACUUAUGACAGUUUUUUGUGUAACGCAUUUCUGCAAGUCCCGUCAAGACAAACUAGCUCUUCUGCCUUCUUUUGUGGCAAAGCUCCACCGGCAUUAAAUCAAAAUCAUCAUUGUCAGGAAGUUUCGCAAAGGUCUUACAGGAACUUUUCAUUUUCAAUGUUUUCCUCUAUCUUUAACUAUAAUCUUCCAAAAAAAUGUGGUGAAAAUAACAAUGGCAUUUAUGCUCCGCAUUUAUUAACCCUUAUGAAUAUCAAGUGCCAUAUCCAGUAGGACUUGUAUUCUCUUGUGGAGAAGCCUAUUACUAUAACAUUUAUGCAAUGUUACCAAGGCAAGAUACAUUUCAAAUUGUUUCAGUGUGCUGCAUGAUAUUCCUGCUUUACUGUGUGAUGGUGGAAAGCAUAAUAUACUGAGUGUCCAGCAUUAGUUCAUGAUAUGUUAAGGUAUGACCAGCUAAUACUGCCGUCUCUUGAGGGGACAGCAUUUGGCUCUGCUGAGGAACAAAAGAGAACCAGAUAGGUAAACAUGAUGAUUGAAAUCACUAUUCAGUCUUUCUGAUCGAUUCAGACCAUAUUGUUUACAGUUAUUUAAGGAGCAUGCCAGUAAUUUAGCUCAUUUACUACAAAUCAUGAAUACUUUAUCCAAUUGCCAGUAGUUUUCCAAACCAUGUUGCAAUGUUUGGUAUUUCAACUAUCGGGUGAACGCAAACUGAUGGCACUCAGAGGAUUAAGCCUUCUGGCUUUGUUGGUCUUUUGACUUUAAGAGCUCAAGUAAAUAUUUUACCAAUAAAUAUCCACACUGAUUAGAUUGAACUGGACUCUGAAGCAUCAUGGGCAUACUCUUUACUGAGUUCACUUCCUUUUGCACCAUUCAUUAAUGGGCUUUAGCCACUGGAUGGGUAGACAUGGACAUUGGUGUGCUUGUCCCCUAAAAUGCCUUUUGACUUUUCUUUUGGCAAACCCUGUCUCAGUUUGUUAUUUGGAGGCAUGGGGCUUUAUGUGAGAAUUUGGCACUGACAAACUAUCCACUACGGCCUCACCUCAUCUUAACUGGAGUCAGCCUGGGACCAUCAAACAUCUUUGCAGUGUUGGGCCCUAUAGAGGCAUUUUUAUUGCAACUGACUGACAAAUAAUGCAGUUAAUUAUGCUAACAGAUGUCUGUGCUCCAGUCAGUGAGUGAAAUUCACUCUAUUGUAUUUGUAUAUUUAUUGCAUGUAUGCAUGAUACUUCUGCACUGUCCGUGCAUGCACCUAUGGUUAGCCAUUUACGUCCUUGUCCAAAUAUGGUAAUAUUUGGCUUAAAAAACCUAUGUUUAUUUAUUUAUUUAUUUCUGAUGGACAUGAUGUGUCCCUCUGCCACUGAUGUGAAGCAGGACCUUAUAAACCAAUGGGUCAUAUAAUGUUGGCUAAUCAGUCAUUUAUAUAUCGUAUAUGGCUGUACUUUGUUUUUAUUAGUAAUUUAGAAAUUUUACAAUGAUAACACAGGAAAUCGCAAAGGAACAUGGUAAACACAAUACCUGCCAACAUUAGCAUGAUACAACGGUGAUUGUGAGCAUGCUGCAUAUUAGUGUUAGCAGUUAGCUUAAGAUAUCGCUCUGCAGUACAUUAUCUUAAAGCAGCUAGUAUUGCUGUAGUUAUUUGUCUUGUCUUACCCCUACAUUACAGACAGCAGUUAGUUCCCAUACAUUUGUAUGAAUAUAAAAUAGGAGAAACUUGAUACAUACUUAAUGUAGUGAUCUUUAAUGAAUGUAAACCAAUGUCCAUGCAAGUGUUAACAAAACUGCAAAACAGUUGGUAGUGUAGUAACUCUAGUACUAAAUGUUCUGAAGUAUACAUGAAAUGUAGUUAUUUAGCUAAAAAUGCUGGCAUGGUGAUUCAGUCGCUUUGAACAAAGAAGUAAUUUGAUCUGAUGAAACGCUUCAACAGAAUCCCUUUAGAGAUGCAUGGAAAACAAUGGAGAAAGAACAUAACCUCCACAGCCAUCCAGAUGUUUCAUUCUACUCUUAAGUGCUAAAAUCAGAUGCUGUCACCUCAGGAAUAAUGUACUCUAGAUGUGAUAUGAAGUGUUUUUGAUUCUGUUGGUGCUCUUGGUGUGGAUCGUGUGGGUUGGCCUUUUUAUUUCUGGAACCUUUUGUGUGUAUGCGUGUCUAUUACCUUUCUGCCAGUCUGGCAGAUGAUUGAUGGGCCUGUCGGUCAGUCUUUCUCUGCCUUUGUUUUUUACGGCAGGCCACCAAGUACUUCGACAGUCUCAGCUUCGGAUGGGUCUGAGUGGGCCUCUCUGUCAGUCUCCCUUGAUUGUGGUUUAGUAUGUUACACUUGAUUUUCCAGUGUGAGUCAUGUAAAAACAAAAAAUGUAAAAUAGAAAAAAAAGAACAAUGUUUAUAAUCCUGGGGAAGAAAAAAAGUGUUUAUUCAUGUGCAAAUAAGGUAUAUACAGAAUAAAACUUUAUCAUUACUAGA